ACAUCUUGCUUUCUUCUUUUUUCAUGACGAAUGCAUUACAUGACAUUGCAAGAAAAUUAUAAAGGUGUUCAAAUGCUAUGCGAUAAACAUUAACAAACAGUUCGUAUCAAGAGUUGAAAACUGCGCUGGGAGUGCGAUGGACCCAAAAAACUACUGUGCGAAUAGCGCGUCAUUCACACCCUUUUUUUCUGGCACACCUCUGCAAGUUUCGUCAUUGAACCAUGCCCCCACGGCCACCCAUCUCUCUUCCAACCAUCCACCCACCAAAACUCUCUCCUCAUCCCACGCUCUACUUUAAUGCGUUACAACCCCUCCGACAAUGCACAUUAACAAACUAUGCAAGCUUUGUAAGUGUCCUUGGACGGAAACUCUUGGGAGGGCAACGCAGAUUCGUUUCGUCAACACAUCGAGUGUGUACGCCAACGUCUUCAACGCCUCCCAUACCCAAAACCUGUCCAGGAUGCGGAGCCCCCUUCCAACACGUUGACCCAACCCACAUUGGCUACCUCCCCCUCAAAUCCAGCACACCACCUCCAUCCAUAAAAUACCGUCCAACAGAAGAAACCGAAACCCUCACAACACUCAAACCCCAACUCCGUACUCCAAAACCCCGAAUAUGCCAACGCUGUCACAAUCUUCGACAUCACAAUAAAGGACUGAUACGAUCUUACCCGGAUGCCGAGAAACUUUUAUCGGGUGUUAAAGUCGUGCAGAAGGGAUACGUUCUCCUUGUUGUCGAUGUCGUGGAUUUUCCUGCGAGUUUGAUAAAAGGUCUCGGAAAUCUGGUUGGAAACGAUAAACCCGUCAUUCUCGUUGGCAAUAAAGUGGAUUUACUACCGGACGUCAAUCGAGAUAGUUUCAAGAGUGCGUUAAAAAGGGAAGCCAAAAAAUCUCUAAACAUCACCGACGUUCUUUUGACGAGUGCAAAAACCGGUGAAGGUCUCUUGGACCUUGUUGAACGCAUUGCACCAGUUCAAUCCGAAGGGACAGACCUAUUUCUUAUCGGUUGCACCAAUGUUGGUAAAUCCGCUCUUGUCAAUGCACUUGCCAAAGUCACCGGAACCGAUACACCUGGUCCAACAACGUCACAUAUGCCCGGCACGACCAUUGGCAUGGUUCAAAUUCCUUUAAACCUCACCAACAUGGCACUCUCAUCAACACCCGGCCGCAUCUUUGAUACACCAGGCUUAUAUACCCCACACCAAAUAACCCACCACCUCACAACCCAAGAACUCAAACUCGUCCUUCCAACCACCCGAAUUACACCUCACCAAAAAAACCUGCGACCUGGUCAAACACUCUUUGUUGGCGGGUUAUACCGCUUUGACGCAAGAGAUUCACCUCUCUCCAUUACAUUCUACGGAAGCAAACUCUUACCCCUUCAUCGCUGUCGAACCGUUAAAGCCGACAUUUUGUACGCUAAACAUUGUGGUGGUGAGCACAUCAUGUUCCCACCGCUUGGCCGUGCAAAAGAGUUUUUGCCGUUGAAAUUGGCUACCAAAGUCAAACUGCGCGUUGGUGAGAAGGUGGAGUUGGGGUUGGGGGGUGUCGGGUGGGUGAGCUUUGAGGGACAUGGUAGGGUGGAUGUAUUUUCUCCUGAAGGGGGGUAUAUUGUACCUAGAGACGUACUGUAUAAAUGAAAAAAAAAAACUACGUUUUGCAUGUCCAUGCGCUAAAGCAAUAUUCUUUUGUCGUGUAAGUCCCAAAAACAAGGGAGGAACCACGCGACAAAGGUGUGCUGAACACGAAACACUUUUCGAGCACGAUUUGCAAGGGAUCCCCUUGCCGAAAGAUCUAACAAUCCCCAAUAUCAUCUCACACAUCUUCAAUAUCCAUCCCCCAUCAUCCCCCAUCAAACUAAACACAUCCUUCAAAGCAAAAAAAUAUACACCCUUUCAUCUACAAAAAAGUUUGACACAUUCAUUAGGCCUUCCACCUCACCUUAAAUCCCUCCUCCACCAAAUUAAACGCCGCCCAAUCCCCAACAUCCUUGACACGCAUCGCAACCCCCUCAAUCCUCACACCCAAAACCUUUAAAACCCCCCUAAACUCCUUCAAUACACCCAAC